CAUUCCCCAAGAAAAAAAAAACAACAGCAUGUACACAACAUAAACAUAAACACAUCUCAAUGACAUGUUGAGAAAGAUUACUAUAACCCCAAAAAAAUAGAGCAACAACAACAAAACACAAAAUGAAGUUACUUGGUAAUUUUUUAAAAUUAAAUAAACAUUCAAAUAGAUUAUUUAGUGUAUCAAGAAUUAUUAAAAAUCAAACAAAUAUUAAUAAUGAUGAAAAAACAACUCACUUUGGUUAUCAAACAGUCAAAGAAAGUGACAAAGAAAAAAAAGUUUACAGUGUAUUUGAAAAAGUUGCUGAUUCUUAUGAUGUAAUGAAUGAUGCAAUGAGUCUUGGUAUUCAUAGAGUAUGGAAAGAUAUAUUUAUUCAAGAACUUGGUCCAACACAUGGUUGUAAAUUACUUGAUACAGCUGGUGGUACUGGUGAUAUAUCAUUUCGUUAUUUAAACUAUUUAAAUAAUAUUAAAAAUAUAAAAAAUAUAAAAAGUCAUGUAACUGUAUCUGAUAUUAAUGAAAAUAUGCUUGAUGUUGGUAAAAUAAGAGCUGAAAGACUUGGUUAUACUGUAGAAAAAGGAUAUGAUAUUAAUUGGUCACAACAAGAUGCUGAAAAAUUAACAUUUGAUGAUGAAUCAUAUACUGCAUUUACAAUUGCAUUUGGUAUUAGAAAUGUCACUCAUAUUGACAAGGUUCUUGCUGAAGCAUACAGAGUUUUACAACCAGGUGGAAGAUUUAUGUGUCUUGAAUUUAGUCAUCUAACAAAUGAUUCAUUGCAAUGGCUUUAUGAUAAAUAUUCCUUCCAAAUGAUACCUCCAAUGGGAAUGUUAAUUGCUGGACAAUGGGAACCUUAUCAAUAUCUCGUUGAAAGUAUCAGAAAAUUUCCAAAACAAGAACAUUUUAAGGAAAUGAUUGAAGAAGCUGGCUUUCGUCAUGUUACAUAUAAAAACUUGACAUUUGGAGUUGUUGCAAUACACUCUGGUUUUAAAAUAUAAAUAAAAUAAAAUUAUUGUAUUCAGAAUGAGACUGUAUUAAUGGUAUUUUUUUUCAUUAAUGAAAAUUAAAAUAUUCGAUAAAUACAGAUGAAGAGUCUAUCCAAGAAUUCACAUACAUUAAAAAUUUUAUACGGUCCCUAUAAUUUUUAUUUUUUGUUUUCAAGAUGUGUUUUAAUUUGAGUUUUAAAAAAAUGAAAAUAUUAAAAUUUGAUAUCGAGUUUUUCGAAUUGAUUAAUUUAUUGAAUAUAAAUUGAUAUUUACUUGAUCUUACCUGUUUUUAUUUAUCAAUAGAUAUCUAUUUUCAUCACACACUUUUUUUCAAUGAAAAUUUUAUUCUCAUUAACACACAUCUUGAAUUAUUAAUUUGGCUUUUAGGCCAAUUAGUAGACUAAUAAAAUGCAAAAUGCAACGAGUUUCUUUAUCAAUAAAAUUCAUGAAACUCGGCAUGAUCAUGAAUUAAUCAACAAUUAUUAAAAAAUUAAAUCCAGUCGAUUACAUUUAAAAUUGUUUCUUAUUAGAUGUUUUUUCUUUUUUUUUUUUUUUUCAUCUAUUAAACAAAGAUACAAUUAAAAUAAUUUAUCUAACAAAUAUUACUUGAUCUACGGCUCGUUGAUAUAUAAUAUUUUUUUUUUCUUUUCUUUUUAAAAUUGUGAUUAUAAUCAUACAAAAAAAAAAAAAGAAAAAAGACAAAUAUAAUUUAUAAACUUUCAGUUUCUUUUUUUUUUUUUUGUAAUAAUCUGAUUAUUUUUCUUUUUAAAAUUUUCUAUGUAUUUUUUUUUUUAUAUAGAUACAUCUGUGUAAAUAAUGUUUAUAUAAAUUAUUUGUGCAUUAGAGUUUUAUCGAACAUUUGAAAUUAUUUAUGAGCGAAUUUAAAAAACAAAAAAGAAGAAAAAGUUCGCUUUUUUUUUUGAGGACGGUCCUUGUCCUUUUUAUAAAUUUAAUAAAUAAUUUUGAAUAAAUUAUUAUAAACAAAAUAACAAUUGAUAUUUCAUAUUGAAUAUCAAAAUAUUAUUACAUCUAUUAAUUUGUGCAAAAGCAAAUGAAAAAAAAAAACCAAAUGCAAUUUUGUGUAAAUUUUUUUUUAGACAUUUUCAUUAAUCUUUAAUGGAACACUUGUUAUAAACCAAAUAAUAUCCAAAAAAAAGGCGAAGAUAUUUCAUAAAAUCCAAUCAAUGAAAUAUGAUCAAAAAAAAAAAAAACGGAAUUAAUUAUACCAGAUAAUUUAACCAUAAUAAUUGAUUGGUUCGUUCAUUAAUGGCGAUUUAAAAAAAAAUUAAUACAUCAAUUUUGUAUUUAUUACAUAAUAUUUAUUAAAUUAUUAUUCCCAAAAUAAAAUGAGAAUAAUAAUUCCAUCAUUGUAUCCGCUUUGUACAUAAGUCAAAUAUGAUUAUUAAUUAAUAAUAAUCGCCAACAUUGAACACAACCAUACAUACUUAAUAUUAAAACAAAAAUACAACAAAGUUAUUUUUUAAUUUUCUUUCUUUCAUUUUUUUUUUUUUUUUAAAUGAGAAAAAAAAAUGUAUAUUAUUCUUUUUAUCUAUCAAUGAAGUCCUUUCACAUAUUAAUCACAUAAUAAUUAAUAAUUAUUAAUUAUUCAUUUAUUUUUUCUACUUAAUUAAAUUUGUAGAAACUCGAUAAAACAAGUAAUCAUUAACAACAUCGAGACAAUGAUGAUUUUGUUUAUAUUAAUUAAAUAUGUUUGAUAUUUUUUUUUUUUAAACUAUGCUAAGAGGACUUCCAUAUCUUUUUUUUUUUUUUUUAUUUACUUUUUCAAAACAAUUAUUAUUAUUUUCUUUUAAAUAUAUAUAUAUAUCGGUUCACGCAGAGUUGGACAUGGUGAUGACAAGAUGGAAGGAGGAAUUAAGAGGGGAAAAUAGUUUUAAAUGUUGUGAAAAAAAAAAAAAUAAUAAUAAUAGAAAAAGAAUAAAAAUUAAAUAAACCA